AUGGUCUACCCCUCAGGUCUGAAGCUGGCGCUGCUGAUGACCUCGACCUUCAUCUCUAUGUUCCUGGUGGCCCUGGACCGCCUCAUCGUCUCGACCGCCAUUCCCCAGAUCACAAACGAGUUCACUUCGGCGGGCGACAUCGGCUGGUACGGCACAGCAUACCUGCUCACCAGCUGCGCCUUCCAGCUGGUGUUUGGGAAGCUGUACACCGUGUUCGCCGUCAAGACCGUCUUCCUGGGCUCGAUCGUCCUGUUCGAAGUCGGGUCGGCCGUCUGCGGCGCCGCUCCGAACUCCAUCGCUUUCAUCUUCGGGAGGGCCAUCGCGGGCGUGGGACCUGGUGGGAUUUCGGCUGGGAUUAUCGUCAUUAUUACCUAUGCGGUUCCGCUACAGCAGCGGCCCCAGUACCAGGGUUUCUUUGGUGCUGUCUUCGGCGUCUCGUCGGUGUUGGGCCCUCUUGUUGGUGGCGCUUUUACCACGAACGUCACUUGGAGGUGGUGUUUCUACUUGAACCUGCCCUUUGGCGGCGCCGUGAUAUUGUUCGUCUUCCUCCUGCUCCAUAUUCCUGAGAGGCCCGAGACGAAGGUCCCCCUCAAAGAGAAGCUCCGACAGCUGAACGCCAUCGGCCUCGUCUUCCUCCUUCCCGGAGUCGUCUGCCUGUGUCUGGCCCUUCAAUGGGGUGGCACUAUAUAUGCUUGGAGCGAGGGGCGGAUUAUCGCACUACUUGUGCUCGCAUUUGCGCUCUUGAUCGGCUUCGCCUUGGUGCAGAUUUGGAAACCCACACAAGCUACGGUUCCGCCUCCCAUUAUUUCUCAGCGUAGCAUCGCCUCCGGGUUCUUGGUCAGCAGCUGUGUCGGUUCGCACAUGAUGUUAAUCGUAUACUACCUCCCAAUCUGGUUCCAGGCCAUCAAGGGCGACUCGGCUGUCAGCAGUGGCAUUCACAUUCUCCCAAUGGUGAUUCCGCUGGUGGUCGCUUCCAUUGUCACGGGCAUCCUAGUUUCCCGCAUCGGCUACUAUACACCAUUCAUGAUAUUCGGCGUCUGCCUCACGGCUGUCGGCGCUGGGCUCUUCACCACGUUUGACGCGACUGCGACCUCGAAGGGCAAGUGGAUCGGCUACCAGAUCCUUUACGGCUUCGGUAUCGGAACUUCCGCUCAGGCCCCGAAUAUGGCGGCGCAGACGGUGCUGCCUCGCGUCGACGUGGCAAUUGGCGCGUCGGUCAUGUUCUUCGGCCAGCAGCUUUUCGGUUCCGUCUUUACGACGGUCGGACAGAACGUGCUCGACAACCAACUGGCUAACCGCCUUGCCAGUAUUGUUCCGGGCAUCAACCCCAAGUUGAUCCAGGGGUCGGGCGCCACCGAGCUCCUUCAGCACAUCCCCCCCUCGUCCUACGCCGCGGCGUUAGUCGCUUACAACGACUCACUGCGCGUAUGCUUCCGGGUCGCCCUCAUCAUGGCCUGCCUGUCCAUCCCUUGCGCCCUCGCAAUGGAAUGGCGUAGCGUCAAAAAGAAGCCCCAGCCGCCAAACGACGGUGGUGACGGCGCGAGGGCAGCUGAGGAGGGCAAGCAAGAGAAGGCCAGCGCUUGA